CUCACACCUUCUGUCACUUCCACAGUGCUCAACGUGGCGGCGGGGAAGGCGCCUAUGCAGUCUUCAGUGGCCGAGGGAGGCAUCCCGCAGAAGGCCGUGGAUGGCUCCAGUUCCAACACCUUCAGUAGUGACACCUGCACUCUGACCACCCGAGAACGACAGCCCUGGUGGUAUGUCAACUUGCUGGAGCCAUAUAUGGUGCAGUUGGUCAGACUCGACUUCGGACAGUCCUGCUGUGGUGACCAGCCAGCAACCAUCGUGGUGAGGGUGGGCAACAACCGGCCCGACCUGGCCGUCAACCCCAUCUGCAACCGGUUCGUGGGUCUCCUGGAGGAAGGGCGACCGCUCUUCCUGCCCUGCAACCCGCCCAUGCCAGGGGCCUUCGUCAGUGUCCACUUCGAGGCUCCCCCUGGCGCCCAGCUCUCCAUUUGUGAAGCUUUCGUUUACACAGACCAGGCGCUGCCUAUUGAAAGGUGUCCGUCUUUCCGCGACCAGCCUCCGGGCAGUACCGCCACCUACAACGGCAAGUGCUAUAUCUUCUACAACCAACAGCCCCGAAAUUUCGACAAUGCUCUGGAGUUCUGUCGAAGUCGAGGCGGCUCUCUGGUGGAUGAGACUAACCCGGCCCUCCAAGGUUUCCUCAGCUGGGAGCUCUGGCGUAAGCACAGGGGAGACCCGAACGGUCAGUACUGGAUGGGCGCGGUCAGGGACCCUGAAGACAUCAACAACUGGAAAUGGAUCAACGGGCGGGACGUCACAGUGUCCUUUUGGAACCUACCAGGGGGCAACGAGAAUUGUGCCAGGUUCGAUGGCACUAAAGGGUGGCUCUGGUCUGACACCAACUGCAACUUCGACCUGAACUUCAUCUGCCAACACCGUCCGCAGACGUGCGAAGCCGACGAUGGCGACUUCGAGUGGGACCGCCGGCUCUCCAACGGUACAUACACGCUGUUAACGGGAAGUCGCUACUACCUCAGCAUCGUCAGACCCUCCUUCCUUGUGUCUGAAUGUUGUGUGGGUCAUCCAACAGCGGUGACCUGUGACGCUCCUCCUCCCCUCCUUCACGGCUCCACCAACUUCUCCUCUCCUACUGUCACCGUCGGUGUCUCCGUCGCCUACUCCUGCGACAUCGACUACGUGUUGGUGGGGCCUCGCCUCAUCACCUGCACCUCUGCAGGCACCUUCAAUCAAGAGCCCCCUCGCUGCCAAGUGGACGAAGCUACUAAGCCGGACCUAACAGAAAGCCGCAGACCGGGAUCCAGGAGACCAGACCAUCCUCGCAGACCUAACCAACAGCGUCCCAGGCCUCCCUACCUCGCAGAAGUGGAGGACAACUACGUGGAGGCCAACAACCCGAGCCUGGCCACCGUCCUGCCCUCGCUUGAGGCCGGCCACGACAACAAGAUCAACAACAUCAACGACGACAGAGGUCAGAGUAUUGAUGGACCGAGCUACGACCUGAAGGAGGAAGGUGGAGCCAAAGUCACAGAGAAACUCCAUCUGGGAGGGAUCAUCGCUCUCGGUGUCUUCGGUGGCUUCGUGUUCCUGGCUGCCGUGAUCACCACUAUUGUCAUCCUGGUCAGAAGGUACCCGAGAGAGGAGCGGCAGGUGCUAGGCUCGGGAAGUGACCAUGAAGGCGACUGGUGUAGUGACGGUGAUGAUGGUGGUUGUCGUGGCGAUGGUGGUAGUGGUGGUAGCGAGGCAGGACUCUGCUACCUACACUGUCAGGAGAGGAGCUUCUUUCUCCUCGCGUAUGUCUGUGUGGAGGCGUGAACGGGCUCAUUCUCCGUGUCGGUGUAGAAAUAUGUGCUUAGCGACGUUAAACUGCACGGCAGUGUCUGUGUG